AUGUCGUUGCCAUCAGAUUCCUCCCCAGAGACACCUGGAUUCAUGGCAACAUUCAUUAUUUACCUUGAUACAUACACCAAGACUACUACUGAAAAUAAUGGCAAAGCAAAAACCAAGGAAGUGAAAUCUACGAAAGUCAAGGAACUUGUCUUUCAAGUCUCUGAGUCCAACUACAUUGAAUUUCUGACAACAAUUCUCAUGAAGCAUGACAAAUCACACUAUAGGAUCACUGAGAGGAAGAAAUACACUUUCAAACGUGCCGAAGCAAUGGAUGUCGACAACCAAGCUGAUUAUGCGGAAAUGGCAAAGAAACUCAUCUCCAAAGAGCCUCGAAAGGUGAAAAUAUUUGUUGACAUCAGUUCACUCACGUCUAUGCUCUUGUUACGAACUGUGCAAGAUCUCACACGCGAGGCUACCCCUUUGACACCAGUUCCUGUUCGAACUGUGACAUCACUCCCUGUCACGUCACCUGUUGCUCCAACACCCUCAACACUCACUCAUUUUUUGAAUGGCAUUGGUGCAGGUCCAGAUAUACUUGUGGACAUGGCUGACCAAGAUCUUGCUCGAGUUGGUCUUAGUGCAGGUGAACAUUAUUUGGCUGAAGAAAGGCAGUGUUACAUGGUGGAAUGGGCCUCUCGCAAAGAGUAG